CAUGGGCGUACUUCAAGUGCAAUCGUGUCACGAUUAGUGCAUAGUGUCGAACAGUAAGCGAAUAAUUUGAAAUGGCAGCACGAAAGGAAUGGUCGAAAGAUGAGAUCUUCAAUUUAAUUAGCAUGUAUGAAGAGAACUCAGUUUUAUGGAAUACAAAAGAUAUUGAACACAGAAACAGAGAAAGAAAGAAUAAAAUAAUAGAAGAAAUGGCGGCAAGUUUUAACUGUUUAUCAGAGGAAAUACAACGUAAGAUACAUAAUUUGAGGAACCAGAUGUCACAAGAAUUAAGAAAGAAGAAAAAGAAAAAAAAUUGGAGUAGAACCGAUGAUGUGGACGUUUCUAAUUGGCCAUAUUUUGCUGCUCUAAAAUUUUUGAUUCCUGUGCUUUCUAUGAAUGCGAUACAGUCUUCAUACAUACAGGUAGAAAAAAUUGAACCAGAGGAACAUGCAACUGAGAACAAUGCAGAAAGUGAAGAGAGAACAAAAAUACCAAUGCAACCACCAAGGAAGCGUAGGCGUGAAAACGAUGAUGUUGGUGACCAACUCAUUAAAUCGGCUUUAGAAACGCUUCAAAGGGAACCCGAUGAAUACGAUAAAUUUGGCCAAUAUGUAGCGUUGGAGCUUAAAUCUUUAAAAUCCGAUUUCAAUAAAGCGAGGCUAAAAAGCGAAAUACGAAAAGUAAUUGUCCGCAUUGCGGAUGAAGAUCUCUAUGGUACUCCAAAUACAUCAUCUGUUUCUACGCCAAUGCCGUCUCCUGCUUUUCAACCGGAACUAGAAUUGGGGUAA